UUAUAUAUACAACACAUAUAAAAAUGGAGUGUGUAGAAAUUUAUAAGCGCAACUGUGAAAGUAAUUUAAGUGAAUUUGUUGUGAUCUAUCUGAGUAAUCCGCUAAAAAAUUGCAACGAUGAUGACAGCAUUAGCGAUACUGUUGUUGCUACUGAACAGCAAGAAUUGCUGCAAUUACAUCAACAACAAAAACCUACAACAACACCACAAUUUCAUCAUUUAUUUUUCCCUGCGAGCGAUGAAUUUAUUGUUUUUCAGCAAACGCCACAACAAACAACAAUAACAACAACAACAUUUGAGAAAAAUGAACGCAAAAAAUCUUCGCUGCCCACAAUACCCACAAUCUCCUACACUGUGGGCAAUCGUGAUACACUAACCUCAGUAGCUGCUCGUUUUGAUACCACUCCAUCGGAAUUGACACAUUUGAAUCGUUUGAAUAGCUCAUUCAUCUAUCCGGGACAACAACUCUUAGUACCAGAUAAGAGCGCGAAAGAUGAUGCUUCAACAACAAGCUCCACAGGUACCACCGAUGAAAAAGGAGCUAGCGCAUCUGGUAAAUCAAGUCCUGUUGAACGUAAACUAUCCACCGACGAGCAAAAUGAUGAGAAAGUAAAUAUAAUAACAGUUGCAUUGCGAGAAACAGAACACUGA